CGUCGACACAGAAUGGAAACUUUCUUCCACCAACUGACUCAAGGCAAUGCUCUGCUUGUAAUCAUAAUUUUGGGCUGUGGAGGAAGUUUCCAUACUGGUUACCACAUAACCGGACUCAGUUCUCCCUCACCAUACAUUCAGCACUUCAUCAACAGCAGCUGGUAUGACAGGUACCAGGAGUCUCCAGGUACUCAGAAGGUCACCAUGAUCUGGUCUCUUAUCGUCUCCAUGUACGCCGUCGGGGGACUUUUUGGUGCCGUCAGUGUCAAACUCUUCUCACGAAAACUGGGAAGAAAACGAGCAAUGAUCUGCAACAGCCUGAUUUCCAUUACGGGGGCAGUGAUCAUGCUGACCAGCAAGACGGCUAAAUCCUUUGAAAUGAUAAUCGUGGCGCGGACGCUGUAUGGAUACUCAGCGGGUUUAGGAGGAAGCCUCCAUUCAAUGUAUUUGGGGGAGAUUUCACCAAGGAAGAUAAGAGGCAGGGUGACUCUGACUUCAGCCACUUUUACUUCACUCGGCAAACUCUCCGGACAGCUUUUUGGAUUAAGCGAGAUCCUUGGCCGCCAGCACCUGUGGAACAUCGUCCUCUGUGUCCCUGUGUGUUUCUCAGCGGUUCAGGUUUUGGUGCUGCCUUUCCUUCCAGAGGCUCCCAGGUAUUUAUUCAUAGAGAAAAGGGACGACAAGGCAUGCAAGCGAGCCCUUCAGAGUUUGUGGGGGAAAGGCGACUACAAACAGGAAAUGGAGGAGAUGCUGACUGAGCACAUGGCUCUCGAAGCGUCUCCGCCAAAGAGUCCACUGCGGCUGAUGAUGGACCGGAGCGUCCGAUGGCAGCUCAUCACCAUGCUCGUCGUUUACUGCUGCAAUCAGAUGUCGGGCAUGUCAGCAAUCAGCACCUUCUCCUUUGACAUCUUCCUGAACUCUGGAGUUCCUAAAGACAAGAUCCGCUACGUCACCCUCGGUCUCGGAAUAUCUGAAAUCCUCACCUCCAUCUCCUGUAGCCUUCUGAUCGAGCACACAGGGAGGAGGCCGUUAUUCUGGGGGGGGUACGCCGUCAUAUCUGCUAUCUGGAUUAUGGCAACAGUGAUACUGAACCUAAAGGACCUCAGCUGGGUUCCCUACGUUACUUCUUCUCUCAUCUUCCUCUUCAUCGUCUCCUUUUGCGGAGGACCUGGCGCCGCCACAGCCACACUCAGUGCCGAGCUCUUCACUCAGUCCGAUCGUCUGGCAGCGUUCGUUCUCAUGGGGCUGCAGCGUUGGUUCAUGUUCGCCGUGGUGGGCCUGAUCUUCCCGUUCAUCAUUGAUGCUUUCGACUCUUAUUGCUUCACACUGUUUGCUGUCGUGUCCCUGCUGGGCAGCUUUUACACCUUCUUCCUUCUGCCUGAGACCAAGGGGAAGACUCUGGUGGACAUUUCGGAGGAGUUUAAAGCCAUCACGGUUUGUGGGAAAUCCUUCCUGGAGAGCGAGAGAGUGGAGACCAAGUUGUGAGGCAUGGCAUCACGAGAGACGCUUUAAAUGCCGAGAUUUGUCCCGGACAGAUUGAAGACGGAUUGAAACAAGGCAUUUAGGGAUGUAGGAUGUGCCACACCUCAGUUUUGCACAUCUGGAAAUUAAGUACAAAUAUUCAUCCUUUGUCAGUUUUAUUCUACAAAUCAUUGUAUCUUCAAUGGAUCGCUACUCAAUUCCUGUACCCAUAACUCCGUACAGGUUCAGUUGAGCUUGAGUUGUCUCACACACACACACACACACACACACACACACACACACACACACACACACACACACACACACACACACACACACACACACACACACACACACACACACACACACACACACACAGCAGGUCGCCUGU